UCAAUAACGUUCCUUUUCAACAUUGUCCCUCUUUGCCUCAACUGAAUGGACAUUGCAGAUACUAUCUUCAUCAUUCGUAUCCUACCUCAACUGAUCAUUCAUCUCGCACUUCGAAUGCCGAUCGUGAAACAUGUGGUCCGACUUCCUCUGUACACACUACAUUUAACCUUCAUCAUCUCUUCUCUCCUCUUUCGACUCUCUCAUUAUCUCCUCGCCUUUCUUUCCUCCUUAACACUGUCACCCAGAUCAGUUGAACGACAAGUGUCCAGAUCUUCCUCCGACCCCUCUGCGAGCUCUGGCGUCUCUUCAAGCUCCAGCUCUCUUUCUUCAACUUCGAACACAUCUCAGUCAAAGGAAUCACAUCAAACUUACUUCAAUUUGCCCACCAAACAUACUUCACAUGAUCUUCCCGCCGAACGUCAAAGUCAUACACAGAAGAACCAGAAGGAGAGUAGUCUGAAACAUGUCGCUUUUGUCUUCUACACUCCCGCAGAAGUUCAGAAAGUCGUUGAUAUGAGAUGGGAGAGUUUCAAAUUGGCUUUGAAGAGAGAAAAAGUCUUGGUGGAAUGCGUUAGGAGGGCUAUUACUUGGUCUGCGGAAGAAGGAGUGGAAGAAGUCAGUUUCCAUACUGGUUCAGACAUGGGUCCCGUUAUACGUGUUAUAACUAGAGAAAUGACGGCUCUUCCUCCCUCUCCUCCAGCAUCAGGAUCAAGUACUCCACGAAAACGUCCUAUCUCCUUUUCCGAUGAUAAAUGGUUAAAAUCACAAGAUCAGGAUCAAAACUCUCAGCCACCAGUCAUAAGUCUUACCGUUUGUCCACCUAUCUUCAAACAAGGUCACGCUUCACAUGAUAACAUAAAUACAGAAGAAGACAGAAAUACUGGAUGUGACAGACGCCUUGUGGUUCAUGUCUUGAACCCUGGUGUUGAUAGAAUAUGGGGAGAAGUAACCACCGAGCUAUCCAAGUCCGUCACCACAAGCAGUGAUGUCGAUCAAGAGAGAUUGGAUCAAUGUAUCAGAGAACGUAUACCCAUGUCAGAUCCUGAUUUACUGAUACUUCAUCCCAUUACACCUGUCUCAACAUGGAAAGCACUCUUUCCUAUCCCCGCUCCGGAAUUACGGGGGUACCCAUUUUGGUUUCUGCGGAUCACAGAGAUUUACCAACAUCCAACUUCAUUACCUUUCCACAUUCCAACACCUCUGGUCUCUCUCUUACGACAAGCACGUGACUCUGCUUUACCCGCGGUGCAGAAAAUCGCUAGACGCAUUCCUCUACCUCCGCCACCAGAAGAACAAGGUGUGAUACAAAGAGACGAAUGGGAGGGGGCGUUACGAGCGUAUAGAAAUGUUGAACAGCGUCUGGGGAGAUGAUUUUUUCAAACUUAUUCAUCUAGUCAGUCAAUGAGAAAUGUCUAUCAUGUUGCAUCUUAUACACA